ACAAUGACCAAGUUUGGGCACUAUAAAGCAUCCUAUUCACAACCAUCUUCUUUAUAUUAGCCAGCCAAAGAAAACAAAAUAACCCAGAAGGAAUUCUGUUCUCAUUCCAACAACCUCCAUUUCAAUGGCUUUCUCUGCAACCAUCCCUGUCUAUGACAACUCUUUCCUUCUCAAACGCCUAUCCAAUGGUCGAAAAGACCUCUUUAGAGCACCAUUUCACCAGGCCAAACUUGUGCCAAUGAGAAUUCAUGCCACCCAUGUUGAAGAAUUGAUCCCCAGAUCACAAAACCCAUCUCUGGGUAGAUUUCAGUUUGAUGAGUAUAUGUCUUCAAAGGCAGAGAAGGUGAACAAAGCACUAGAUGAGGCAGUUCCAUUGAAGCAUCCUCAGAAGAUUCAUGAAGCUAUGAGAUACUCUCUUCUUGCAGGAGGCAAGAGGGUUCGUCCAGUUUUAUGUAUUGCUUCUUGUGAAUUGGUGGGUGGAGAUGAAUCGUCAGCGAUGCCAAUGGCGUGCGCGAUGGAGAUGAUUCACACCAUGUCGUUGAUUCAUGACGAUCUUCCUUGUAUGGACAACGACGAUCUUAGGCGAGGCAAGCCUACGAACCACAAAGUUUAUGGUGAAGAGACUGCAAUUCUUGCUGGUGAUGCACUACUUUCACUUGCAUUCGAGCACGUCGCUGCUAGAACUUUGAACGUUUCCCCUUCUCGCAUCGUUCAAGCCCUCGCAGAGUUAGGAUCGGCUGUUGGGGCCGCGGGGCUUGUGGCCGGACAGGUUGUGGACAUAGACAGUGAAGGGAAGGAUGUGAGUUUGAAGGAAUUGGAGUACAUCCAUGUGCACAAAACUGCUAAACUAUUAGAGGCAUCAGUGGUUUGUGGAGCAAUAAUGGGAGGAGGGAGUGUAAUUGAUACAGAGAGAGUUAGAAAAUAUGCAAGGUGUGUAGGAUUGUUGUUUCAAGUGGUUGAUGACAUUCUGGAUGUGACCAAAUCAUCUGCAGAGCUCGGAAAGACUGCCGGAAAGGAUUUGGCGACCAAUAAGGCCACAUAUCCGAGGCUGAUGGGAAUCGACAAGGCUAAAAAGUUCGCCAUAGAAUUGGUGGAUCAAGCCAUUGGAGAGAUUGACUGUUUUGAUGCUUCAAAGGCUGCUCCAUUGUACUACUUAGCUAACUACAUUGCUAAUAGACAAAAUUAAUUAGCUUUUGCUUUGUAUUGUGUAAGAAAACAUUGGUGUCUGAAUUAUGGUAGUGCUUAUUAGCAUAAUAAUAAUACUACACUUGUAGUUUAUGCUCUUGCAAUAAUAUCUUAAAAGUUCGUGCUUCAAA